CCUCCCACGCUCCCCUCCCCCGGAAGAGAAACCCAGAGCCAGAGCAGAGCCAAACCCCCGAGAAACCUGUGCCCCGCCACGUGCUCUCUCAAGUAGCAUCGCGCAUGUCCGCCAUGGCCGCCACCGGAGCAGCGCUGCGGCUUCGCCUCCUGUUCCGGAUGCUGCGGGUCGGGGAGCUCAUCGCCCUCGCGGCGCUCCUCUCCUGGUCCUCCUCCCGCGCGCCGUCCGUGGCCGCCGCCGCGAUGCGCGUCGCGGGCUCGCUCCUCUUCAGCCCGCGCUUCGUGUUCGUCCUCGGCAACGCCAUCGUGCUCCUCCUCCUCGCGCUCUCCAGGCGCGAGCGUGUGGAGCCGUCCCCGGCCUCCUCCUCCUCCUCUGUCGUCGGCGCUGGUGUGGAGCAGAGCCAGACCCCCGCGGUCAGCUUCGAUUCGUUCGCCGUACCAGCGACGCCGACGCCGAUGCCGACGCAGGCAAGUGAAGCGCCAGUGGUGGCGCUGCCGGCGAUGGCGACGGUGCCGGAGGAGGAGGAGGAGGUGGUGAAGCCGGUGGUGUCGGUGACGACGCGCGCCGUGAGCAAGGCCCGCGCGCCGAGGCGGACCCGGUCGGAGAAGAUGGGCCGGCGCGGCGAGCUUUCCAGGCGGUCGGCGUCGCCGGAGCCGCUGCCGCUGAUGCGGCGCUCGGAGUCGGACAACGGGCGCAGGCGGCGGUCGUCGGUGACGGCGCGGGACGUGGCGGACGUGGGCGUGGCCCGCGGGUGGGCCGGCACGGACGACGCGGAGGAGUUCCGGCGCACCGUGGAGGCGUUCAUCGCGAAGCAGACGCGGUUCCGGCGCGAGGAGGAGUCCAUGGCCGGCACGCUCGUGGUGGUCGAAUAAGUCGAUCGCGUCGUCUCGUCGGUGAUGGUCCGGGGGUUGGUCGGGACCUGGUCGGAGACACUGUCAGUCACUAUGUGCAAAGUACAUAAGGAGGAGGAAGAAGAAGCUCUCGUCUCGUUGCCUCGCUCACUAGUCAGUCACUAGCUAGCUCAGCUAGGAGAGUUCGGUCAUGGCCAUGGGCACGCCUUCUUUUCUGGCGAGGCACGCACGGGCAUGGCAGAGUGUGUGCGCAUGGGACGGGAGCGACGUGGUUUUACCCCGGCCGUCGGAUCGCGGAUCGCCGGGAUCCGACGGGCCGGGGUCGCUCGUGGUGCUGAAUUUACUUACUGUAGCGGACGGAACCAUGGGCUGAAGAUGUCUCUCUCUUUUCUGCAUCGCCGGUUCAGAAAACUUGAAAUAAAAAGUACUCCCUCUUCCCUCUGUAAAGAAAUAUAAGACUUUUUAGAUCACUGCAGAGGGGAGUGAAUAUAUCUAGUAGAAGCGGUUUGGUUUGUGAUU